AUGUGCCGACCACUAGAAAAAGAUCAAAAGAAAGAAUGGCACAAACCAGAUGAAAAGCCAAUGACUGUGGCACGACCGGCUAAAAAUGCCGCAAUAAGUAAGUGGUUAAAAGACAAUAAACUUCAUCGUUGGUACCAACCACCCUAUUUUCUUGACCUAAGUCCAUGUGACUAUGGCUGCUUUCAUUCUCCGAAAAGAACAAUGGGUGGCAUGGAGUACGAAGGCAUCAACUCACUUAAAGAAGCAUUAGAUAAAGAAAUGAAGACUGGAAACGCAAGUGGCAAAAAUCGGGCAGUUGAGAAACUUCCCGAAUGCUGGAAACAAUGCAUAGAACGUUUUUGUCAGAUAACUUAA